GAGCAUUCGGCCACCGCGGGCGUGAUUGCGGGGAGGCAGGGCUCCCCUCCUUUACCUGGCUCUCCUUGCUUCGUUUCCAUAGAUACAUGUGGAGACGGGUGUGCACUGACGUCUAGGCCGCACCAGCAUCCGGGGCGAAGUCGCUACGAUGAUGUUAAGAGGAAACCUGAAGCAAGUACGCAUUGAGAAGAACCCCGCUCGCCUUCGCGCCCUGGAGUCGGCGGCCGGCGAGAGCGAGCCGGUGGCCGCGGCGGCCAUGGCGCUGACGCUGGCCGGGGAGCAGGCGGCGCCACCCGCGCCUUCGGAGGAGCACCCGGACGAGGAGAUGGGCUUCACCAUCGACAUCAAGAGUUUCCUCAAGCCGGGCGAGAAGACGUACACGCAGCGCUGCCGCCUCUUCGUGGGGAACCUGCCCACCGACAUCACGGAGGAGGACUUCAAGAGGCUCUUUGAGCGCUACGGCGAGCCCAGCGAGGUCUUCAUCAACCGCGACCGAGGCUUCGGCUUCAUCCGCCUGGAAUCCAGAACACUGGCUGAAAUUGCAAAAGCAGAGCUGGAUGGCACCAUACUGAAGAGCAGACCUCUCCGAAUUCGCUUUGCUACACAUGGAGCAGCCCUCACGGUCAAGAACCUUUCUCCAGUUGUUUCCAAUGAGCUUCUAGAACAAGCAUUUUCACAAUUUGGUCCAGUAGAGAAAGCUGUUGUGGUUGUGGAUGAUCGUGGUAGAGCUACAGGAAAAGGUUUUGUAGAAUUUGCAGCGAAACCUCCUGCACGAAAGGCUCUGGAGAGAUGUGGUGAUGGGGCCUUCUUGCUAACAACAACACCUCGUCCAGUAAUUGUGGAACCCAUGGAGCAGUUUGAUGAUGAAGAUGGCUUACCAGAGAAGCUAAUGCAGAAGACUCAGCAAUAUCAUAAGGAAAGAGAACAGCCACCACGAUUUGCUCAACCCGGGACAUUUGAAUUUGAAUAUGCAUCUCGAUGGAAAGCUCUUGAUGAAAUGGAAAAGCAGCAGCGUGAACAGGUUGAUAGAAACAUCAGAGAAGCCAAAGAGAAACUGGAGGCAGAGAUGGAAGCAGCUAGACAUGAACAUCAAUUAAUGCUAAUGAGGCAAGAUCUAAUGAGACGUCAAGAAGAACUCAGACGCUUAGAAGAACUCAGAAACCAAGAAUUACAAAAACGGAAGCAAAUACAACUGAGACACGAGGAGGAGCAUCGUCGUCGUGAAGAAGAGAUGAUUCGACACAGAGAGCAGGAGGAGUUGAGGAGACAGCAGGAGGGCUUUAAACCAAACUACAUGGAAAAUAGAGAACAGGAAAUGAGAAUGGGUGAUAUGGGUCCCCGAGGAGCAAUAAACAUGGGAGAUGCAUUUAGCCCAGCACCUGCUGGUACCCAAGGGCCUCCUCCAAUGAUGGGUAUGAAUAUGAACAACAGAGGAACUAUACCUGGCCCACCAAUGGGCCCUGGUCCUGCCAUGGGACCAGAAGGAGCUGCAAAUAUGGGAACUCCAAUGAUACCCGAUAAUGGCACAGUGCACAAUGAUAGGUUUCCUCAAGGACCUCCGUCCCAGAUGGGUUCGCCUAUGGGAAAUAGAACAGGUUCUGAAACUCCACAGACACCAAUGAGUGGUGUAGGUCCUGUGAGUGGAGGUCCUGGUGGUUUUGGUAGAGGAAGUCAAGGGGGCAACUUUGAAGGCCCUAAUAAGCGUCGGAGAUACUAAAUAUUCUUUCAUUCCCGGCUGUUUAGAAAAACACUUUCAAUGGUAUGCCUUUACACGUUGUCUGUUACCUGGAAAAAAAUGGUUUUAUUGUUAACGUACGUAGAUUGAAGUUUUUCUUUUGUAAAGCUUGAGGUUUUUUUUUUUUUUUGUAUUUUCUUUAUUCAUAAGCUUUGUAGAUUAGGUUAGCGAUAAAGAUGCCCAUCAUUGUGAAUGUUGAAAUGUGUUGUGAUCAUAGCUAAGAAUAACUAUGCCACAUUAUUAUUAAAUCUAUGUAGUUACUUAAUAUCAAUAAAGAAAUGAUUUUGCCUAAUUUAAAAAUGUUCUUAGUGGUAUUCCCUCAUGACUUUAUAAAACUUGCUGUGGUUGCUUUAGCUAAUCCUAUUUAAAAGUGGAAAUGAUUUUGCUUUUCUGUUUGUUCCAAUAACCCCAAAGUCAGACUGUUAGUGAAAGCUGAUGUCAGUGGGGAUCAAUAGUGUAGUGUUGUAGUGUAUCUGUGGGUGGGAGGCAUGGGGCUUCAGAUUGUAUAAACCAUCCAUAUUGUGUAAAAUUAGAGUUGUUGCUUACAUUUCAUAUAGAUUCUGACUAUUCAUAUAUUCUGAGAAAGGUUAUUAAGGAUCUCUUUGUUUUGUGCUGAUUUUUUCAAAUAAAUCUUUUGAAUCUUGAACAAAAAUGUUUGAAGGUAAAUUCUCUCUUGAUUAUAAAACAAUUCCUGGUUUUAAUCUUGUUCCAUCAUUUAUUUAGUCUCAGUACCUACAUUUCCCCUAUUGUCACUUGACGAAUUGGUGUUAAGCUUUAAACUGACCAGUCAGCCACAAACAGACACCAUCACUAGAACGUCAGUGAAAGUGGAUUUGGUCUUAUUCUCCAACAGUUAGCUUAGCCACUGAAGCAUUUCUUCUUGUUUUCUAGAAGUAUUUUAAAAGGUAGUGUGACGCUGCUGUGUUGGAAGUACUUCCUUGUGUUAAGCCUGCCCAGUAACCCCGCCUGAUGUUAGUACUGUUCAAAUGCUGGUUCAUGUUCCCUCCCACCUUUGGUAGGCUCAGUAGCAUCUGAGUAGAUUCGUCUAGGAAAGUCCAUUUUUGAAUUUUCAUUUUCAGUGCUUGGGGGAAACUGAUGCCAUGUUGUGGUUUUCAUUCCAUAGUAUUUAAAUUUUCAUAUGUAGAUGUAGAUUCUCAUAUUUAACAUGUCUAGUUGACCAGCUAAUGAUCAUAGGUGGUAUUUCUCACAUAAAAAUUUCUGUGUAUUCGUCCUUUUACAGAAUACCUGUCUGCAGAGUAGAAUGUUCUGGGGUAGAUGGUAUUUAUGUAAAUAGUUCCUGCCUCCUUUUGAUGAAAGGUAUGUCAUGGGAAGAUGACUUCAGUCAAUCAAAAUUUUACAUAAAAGCAAUUGGUUGUAAAGCAUGACUAAGAUGUAACCUUUUGUACCAAAUAAUAUUUCAUUUUGUUGUUUAGUGUUUUUAUUCUUUUCAGACACAGCAGAGGGCUGAAAAUAUUUUCUAAAUGCUUGGAAUAUUCAGAAGUUUUGUGUUUAGCAAUUACUUGAAAAUAAUAAAUUUGAGAUUGUAAAAUAAUAGCCACU